AUAGAUCUCUUUCGGAUCCGCGUUCGUUUGAAUGCGAAUUGUGAGGAUCUCGAUCGCGAAAACCUAGUUCAAGUGCUAUGCGAUCAUCCGAGUGAUUCGGUGACGUUCUAUUUACCCACCAAAGAUGGUAGUUGUGAAGGUGUCGGUUUACUUGGAGGUGUGAUGUCAGAUGAUCUUGAAGCCAACGGUGAUGAACCUGAGAACAUUUCCAUUACAGUGACGAGUCGAAGCCGUAAGGGAUUGAACUAUACAGUAAUCGCUGGUGUCUAUGACCGAGCACAGUAUAAUAUCGAAUUACCGCCGUCGAAGAAGUCUCUGAAGGGUAGACAGUUUGUUGGCAUCAGAGCAUUCAGUGGGCAGCGAUCGUCAGCCGUAGAGCCAAUCGCAUANUUGCGGCGACGCAUGGCAAUAUUGUUCCAUCAUUUGAUUCAGUCGGCUCAAGAAGCCUUGAAGAUAGCCUCGUCGCAUAUAACGUUUACUCGAUUCGCCACUCUCGAAGUGCCGUUAAAUGCCUUGCCCAACUCAUUUUCACUGUUUGUAUUCGUAUUCGGUGACGAUUCAGUUUGUGUUCCGAAUGCUGAAUGGAGAGAGUAUGCGAAGAACAAGCAGUUCAAUAUCACAUUUUCAACAGAACCUCUUCCAUCUGCCGCUUGGCCGAUCAUAUUAAAUCUAGUCUUGUACACCUGUGUCCCUGUUAUUUGCUAUUCAAUCUGGAACAGCUCACAUAAAUCUGACAAACAAAGGUGGGUCGUUAGAUCGCCCGGUAACGCUGUUGAAAUGGCUGCGAUCCCUUCGGAGACUCGACCACUCAGUGGUCCAUCAAAUGAAGACAGAGAUGCUAUGGCGAAUCCGCGAAAUUAUUUGCCCGUUUCGUGUGCAGAAAUGCAGAUCCCAGGGAAGGCAUUACCGAUGCAGAGAAAUGUCAUUCCAAUGUGGUCAAAUGAAAGGCCAGUUCAAACGGCGAUUUUCUCAAAAUUGCCAACGAACAUCAGCAUCCCUUCACAAUCAAAUGUAUCAGAGCAAGACGAUGAUGCUGAUUUGCGCUCGUUGGAGGAACGAAUCCAAAUGAAAGCUAAAAUUGAUUUUGAUUUACGAUCAUUAGAGGAACGUAUCCAGCAAGAAACGUGUAUAGCAAGGCAAUUCGAUACGGUUGUUACGAUUGCUAACAAUAAGCCAUAUAACGACGCCCUGUUGGCGGCAGCUACAUCUCAAACUAAAACCAUGAUUUCUGAAAUCGGUUUACCGUAUUGGAUUAUUGUGCCAGUUGCUUCACGAUUCUUUUACACAUUAUACGAGGAAUUGGUGCGGAACGGACGAAACGAAGAUGUAUGCUUCCACAAUUAUGAAUGCUCCUAUUCGGUUGGAUCGUUGCGAUCAUUUAACCACAUCAUCAGUAAUUUCGGUUAUCUCACGUUGGGUGCGACAUAUAGCGCUUUGAUUAGGCUAUGGCAGAGACACUUCAACGAAAAUAAUUCUGUUGGAAUCUGUCCACCAUUUCCGAUUCUGUACUCGCUUGGUGCAACACUUGCUGCUGAAGCAGUUGCAAGCUCGUUGUAUCAUGUUUGUCCCAAUUCAAGUUCUUACCAUAUUGAUUUUUCACAUCCAUAUGAAACCGCAAAGAUGUUUCGCGCCCGAUGGCAUGUCUUACUGAGCAGUGCGAAAAGUGAUUUGCUGAAGAAAAGACUGAUUUUGCUAUCUGCUUGGUUCAUUGUCAAUUUCGCUCUUAUGGUCUAUAUAUUCAUGCAAGCAAGAUCUCGAGUCGCAUACGUGCCUCUUUACUUUGCUAUUGUAAAUAUGCUUGCCUAUUUCACCUACUAUUUCUACAAUAAGAUUAUGUGCUCAGAGGCAACGCCUGUUCCGGCUGCGUUGUCAUGCGCAAUUGCCGCUUUGCUCUGGGUUAUUUCCGGAUAUUUGUUCUUGCAUUCAGAAACUGAUUGGAAGGUGAGCGAGGAUUGCAGCAUUUGA